CUGGCGCUGUUACACUCACUUUUCACUUUCUACUUUAGUUCGAACUGCGAGCUCUUUCCUUUUUUAAAAAAAUAAUUUUUUUGUUUUGCAUUAGCGCAUGGAUUAAAAUAAUUGGUGACUCUGCGCUUGUCUCUCCGGCAAUGUGUGACAGUAUGAGGAUGUACCUUUGUGGAAUGGCCUGUUUGUGAAACAGAAUCAUGGGGUCAACCCUCGACCUUCUUUCAGAAUGGCCAGAGAAGAUUCUGUGAAAUGUCUACGCUGCUCCCUUUAUGCGAUAAAUUUUCUUUUCUGGCUGAUGUCAGUGUGUGUUCUGGGUGUGUCUGCAUGGAUGAGAGAUUACCUGAAUAAUGUACUUGUGUUAACAACAGAGACAAGGCUGGAAGAAGCAUUCAUUUUGACAUAUUUUUCAGUGAUCCACCCCAUAAUGAUUGCUGUGUGCUGUUUUUUAAUAAUAGUUGGAAUGCUAGGCUGCUGUGGAACAAUAAAGGGAAAUCCAUUGUUACUUGCUUGGUAUUUUGGUAUCCUACUUGUAAUAUUCUGUGUGGAACUAGCCUGUGGAGUAUGGAGCUAUGACCAGGAUUAUUUGAUCUCCAUUCAAAGGUCUGAUGUGCUUGAGCUGAAGGCUAGAAUGUCUCAUUAUGGUAUGGCCAGGUACCAGUGGUUAACUCAUGCCUGGAAUUUCUUUCAGAAGGAGUUCAAGUGUUGCGGAGUGGCAUACUUUUCAGAUUGGUUGGAAAUGACAGAAAUGGAGUGGCCUCCUGACUCCUGCUGCAUUAGAGAAUUUCCUACGUGCUCUAAACAAGUCCACAGUGGGCAACAUAUUGAGAUUUAUCAAGAGGGCUGUGGACAGAAAAUAUACAACUUCCUGCGUGGCACAAAGCAAUUACAAGUGUUGAAGUUUCUUGGGAUUUCCAUUGGAGUGACACAGUUACUGGCCAUGAUACUCACUAUUACAUUGCUUUGGGCAUUAUACUAUGACAAAAAGGAACCAAGAACUGGCCAAAAGAUGGGCCCAAAACACCUGAGUGUCCAACACUUUGCCUGUCAUUCAAUAGAAUUAAUGAAGCAUGUCCCAAAGAGCAAUGAGCUGAGACAGGCAGGCACAGCUCACAACUUUUGUACACACUUUGAAAUAGAGGAAUUGUAGCUGGAAUUGAGCAAAUCAGAUGGAUGCUGGAAUCAUGGCGUGAAAAUGUCUUUUACCAUUGCAACGGAUUUUGAAAGGAGUUCUGUAUUCUGUAUAACAGUAUCAGACCAUACAAAUGUUUAAGAGGCUGAGAAAGAAACUUUUCAGCAAAGGUAACUGAAAAAGGGUUUACUUUGAUUUAGGCAUUUUUUGAUUGCUGCUACAGAAGACGUGUAUUCUCUUGACAGGUUUGUAGAAUACUGAAUUUAUUGUAAUAGGCCAGGAAUUCUGAGUUCACCAAAAGUUUUGUUGGGGAAGGCUUGAUAACUGUGUUUUGAAGAUUUUCCUGAAAUAUUAUUAAUCAAAGCUGC